AUGAGCACAAGUGUCAUGAUAAGUGCUGAUCUUACAGGCAAGCAAGUUGAUCCUACUCUCCACAGAAGUUUGACCGGGAGUCUUCUCUACCUCACAGCCAGCCAACCAGAUAUUGCCUUCAGUGUUAGAGUAUGUGCUCAAUUUCAGGCGAAUCCUAAAGAAUCUAACCUCACUGUAGUCGAGCGUAUCAUCAAGUAUGUAAAUCUUGUGGUUGCAGGUUACUUUGAUGCAGAUUGGGCUGGCAAUACGGAUGACAGGAAAAGUACCUCUGAAGGAUGCUUCUAUGUGGGGAAUAAUCUUGUAGUUUGGAUGAGUAGGAAACAGUCUUCAAUUUCCCUCUCAAUUGCUGAGGUUGAAUACAUUGCUGCUGGAAGAUGUUGUACUCAACUGUUAUGGAUGAAGAAGUUGUUGUGGGAUUAUGGAUUCACUCAGGAUACCAUGGCUAUCCAUUAUGACAAUACAAGUGCCACCAAUAUUUCUAAGAAUUAA